AUGAUUAAUACAUCACCGUCGUGGACAGAAUCAUUUUCAAAGAAUGAAACACCAUGGUUUUUGAGAGAAAAACCACUGGAAUAUUGUUAUUCGGAACUUUCAAAACAUCCAUCCUUGUUAGAAAAGGUUAAAAAGUCAAUUGAAGUUAUCAAAAAAACUCUUGAAAUGUACAAUACACCCAUUGCUCUGGGUUUUAAUGGAGGAAAAGACUCUGUAGUCAUUGUUAAUUUAUUAAUCAUGUAUCUAUUGGAAAAAUUCAACGUGACAACCAGUGAAAAUUCAGGAGCCAAUAGCACAAGCUCACAACAACUUUCAUCUCUAUUGAAUCAACACUGCCUAUUCUUUCAUUUCUCAAUACCUCAUCAAUUUCCAGAGAUGGAUCACUUUUUGGAGCAAUCCUCAAAUCUCUAUGGUGUUACUUUAAAGCUCAUUGACGCCAGCAAAGGUUUUAAACAAGGACUCGCCGAGUUGAUAGAAACAUCCUCGAGUAAACUUGAUGCGGUAUUCAUGGGAACAAGAAAAAUUGAUCCAGACGGACAGACUAUUGAUAUAUUUGAAAAAACCUCAAAUGGUUGGCCCGAAAUGAUGCGAGUUUCUCCAAUCUUAGAAUGGGACUAUCAAGACGUGUGGCAAUUCAUUCUCUCACUUCAUAUACCAUACUGCACGCUUUAUGACUUGGGAUACACCUCGUUGGGUAGUGUGAAUGAUACAGUUCGCAAUGAGGCACUAAGACAACCAGAUGAUUCAUUUCUUCCUGCCUAUUUUCUUAUGGAUGGCACUUUGGAAAGAUCUGGAAGAAUGAAAAGGCAGCAAGCUCAUCAUUCUGCUCAUCAUCAGAAAGUAAAUGAAUGA